UGCACCUGCCUUUUCAUUUCCCAUUAUGCAGAUAAGAAAACCAAACACCUCUCUCUCUCUCUCUCUCUCUCUCUCUACACCUCUCUCUCAGUAGAAAGGUAUCUGAUCCCUCUGCAUCCUUAAAUACACAACUUCCCCUUUUCACUAACUUUUCCUUCAAAGCUUCAUCCCCCAAAAAAUCUCUGUUAACCACCUCCUUUCCUGCCUGCAUUAUUAUUCUGACUAGUAUAUAGGAUAUAUUUACUACUAAUUACUCUCUCUGCAAUUCCUUCAUCUCUAUAUAUUUCCUUUAAUUUCUCUUGAUUCUUUAUGAUCACCCCUAGAGACCUAUCAUACUAAAAGCCUCUCUCCCUCUAGGCACCCAUGCAAAUCACAAGGUACUCAUGAUAUAAUCACAACUCACCCCUUUCCUAUUUUCCUCCUCUCUCCUCAUUUCCCUCCAAUCAAAGUUUCAGUUCAAUUCCCUUCUUCUCUUUCCAUCUCUCACUUCUUUCCUUAUUUGUGAUCUUUGACUCAACUACUAAGUACCCUCUUAAUCUCAUGUUCCAAAGUUCAAACCCCAUGAGGACUGCUUCAGCUUUGCCUGAUCUCUCUUUACAGAUCAGCCCACCAUCCAUUUCAGAUUGUGAUGUUAAAGACACGUGCUAUGAUGGGUCGAUGAGGAAAUCAGCUUGCAGUGACCGGAGCUCGACCACUGAUACAUCCGGUAGCAGCGGAAGCGAUUUAAGCCAUGAAAAUGGAGUCAUAUUGCCACGAGAUAGUGGCUUCAAACAUGGUCCUAGUCCUACUGAACCAACACUGAGUUUAGGGUUUGACAUAGCAGCUUUGAAUCCUCUACCGGCUGUCCAACUACCAAGAAACUUCCAACCUCACCACCAUUAUAGUUACCAGCCCCAAAUUUAUGGCCGUGAGUUCAAGCAAAGUUCGAGAAUGAUCAACGGGAUUAGAAGGAGUAUUAGAGCUCCAAGAAUGAGAUGGACUUCAACCCUUCACGCCCAUUUCGUUCACGCCGUUCAGCUUCUUGGUGGCCAUGAAAGAGCAACGCCUAAAUCUGUAUUAGAGCUGAUGAAUGUGAAGGAUCUAACCUUAGCUCAUGUGAAGAGUCACUUGCAGAUGUAUAGAACAGUGAAGAGCACUGACAAAUUAGGAACAGGUCAAGGGCAGACAGAUAAGGGUUUGAAACAAAGGACAGGGAUAAUUGAUGUGGAGACAGGAUUGUGUAGUGAGAAUGCUGAUCAUGAUCAUAUCAACCCUUCUUAUUCUAUCAACCCAUUACUACCAUCACCACCACCACCACCACUAGAAAAUUCCCAAAGAGGUUCAUGGUCAUCAUCGAUGGAGACAAAAUAUUGGAGUCAAUCAAGUCAAGAAAAUGCAUUAAGUUAUUAUGAUUUGAGGGCAAAUGACAGUACCAAGGUGGAUGGACAUGAAGGUGCCCUCCAUGUGUCUGCAGGAAGAGAGAGAAAAAUGUUGGAGAAUAGCUCCUUGUCAUCUUCUGAUAUGGUGGUUGAUCUAGAGUUCACUCUUGGAAGGCCAAGUUGGUAAAUUGACAACAAUACCACUGAUGAUCAAUCUUCAAAUGAGCUAACACUUCUCAACUGUUAGGCACUACAUGCAAAUACAUGUUCUUGAAAUUCUGUCUCGAGCAUAAAAGGGAGAGAAGAGAGACAAAAGAAAGUAGGAAUUGUUCGAUUUUGUUGGAUAAAUGAUCAAUGAUUUCUUGUAGGAUCUAAUAAGUUUGUAGGAAAUAGAUCUAAGGGUGUCUCUAAUGAUUUUCUCUUGGUGUACUUAGAUGUUUUUUGGGAUUUCGGAAUAUUCGUCAUAAUUAUUCAGGAAUUCAUGUCCCAUACAGUUGCCAUUGAUGGUA